AAGGAAUGUCGAUAUAAAACCCAACUGGAGCUACCCAACCCACAUCAUUACGCAGCAAGAUACUUACCAAGUCGGUCGCAGAUAAAGGUACUUAGAGAUCGAAAAAAUAAGUAACUCAUAUAGGUGAAGUAAGAAGGUGUUGGAAAAAGGUGGUAUUUCUUGAAGCUCAAAAGGACAAAGGAUUACAAAAGGAUAUAAAAUAAAAAAGUGAUUAAAAGUGAACUUUAAAGUUAAGGAUACAAACAAAAAAUGAAGCUUUUACAUAUAACGCUCUUAGUAGCAGCGACGAUAGUUCUAGUCACCGCUCAACCAACUCCUCCCAGAUUAAACAUCCCCGGAGCAAUACCUAUCCCAGCCCGUCCUCUUAUCCGCAACAAUCUACCUCUGCGAGUCCGUCGUCCAGGUCUACGAUCACAAACAAGCAAUUCCAUCGCUCCACCAAUUGCCCCUCGAAUCAUUGAUGAACCCAAACCAGUGACCGAAUCCACUGAAGAUGAAAUCAACGAUCCUUUCAUUCCCCAGCUCCUGCGUGAACAACAACAACCACAAUUGGUGCAACAACAACCUCAGUAUGCAAAUCAGGCACCAAACUAUUUCAACGAACCGAACUCAAUUCAACAAGAUUCCCCAAUUGAGGAUGAAGAACCACCACCACCACGAUUCAUCGAACGACCAGCUCCUCCACCACCACAACCACAACAACCUCAGAAUGACUUUGCCGGUCAGAGGUUUGCCAUUGAACGCCAACAACAACAGCAACCCCAACAACCUCGUCUGCAACCAGUUAGAACUCGUGCUAGCGCACCACCACGAGAACAACCUCGUCCUCAAUACGAAUCACAACGUCCCAGAGCCAGUGCUCAAGUCCCAAAUCGUCCAAUUGAACAGAAUGUUCUCCGUCAAGAUGACUACCGACCACGCAAACCAGUUGCACAGAUUCUGAGGAAAUACCGCGAAGAGAACGAAGAUGGAAGCAUCACCUGGGGCUACGAGAACGACGAUGGUUCCUUCAAAGAGGAAGUCAUUGGAAUCGAUUGCAUAACCAAGGGAACUUAUGGCUAUGUGGAUCCAGAUGGUACCAAGCGAGAAUACCACUACGAAACUGGAAUCAAAUGUGACCCCAACAAUCGUAAUCCCGAGGGACAAGAGUUACAAAACAGUGGUUUUGUCAAUUACGAACAGAACAAAGCCGUUUUACCAAACGGUCUCGAGAUCGACCUGGCUUUAAUGGGAAAGAAGAAAUCCAAGCGACCGGGUGCAGUUCUGCAGCAGGCUCAACCACAACAAUACUAUAGAAACUAAAUAAACAGAAGAGGGCCUAGUUCCCCUCCCCCUUCCCCCAUUUAGAGAUUAAGAAAAAGACUUCUUUUUUUUUUGUUUUUUGGAUCAGUUUUUUUUUUUA